AUAUCUGGCGUUCUGCCUUUUCAUUUGUCCAACACAUUUUCUUAUUGCGUGUUCUUACCAUUUCUUGGCGUUUCAGAACUCCUGCUCUUACUUUGAAUGUAUUACAACUACUUUCACAACUGCUUGUUCUUGUUUUUCAUGUAAGAAAAUGUUGCCAAGCACUAUAGAAGAUUGGUUAAGGAUCAUCUAUGUGGUCUUUUCAUUCUUUGCUGCUCUCUGCUUGGGUGCUGUCAAAAGUGUCUUGGUGGGGCCAGUGGCUGCUGUGAUACUGAUUUUUGGGAAUGUUGGGGUGAUUCUUGGGCUUUUACCUUCCCAUGUUUACUGGACUUUCUAUACCCUUAUCAAGACACAGAAAUUUGAUGCAUACCUUAAAGUAGCUCUGGUGUUUGCAUUGCCUGCUUUGUUUGCCAUAUGGGUGGGUUUAAGCAUAGCUGGUAGUGUUCUGGUGGGUGUGGGUUAUGGCUUCUUUACUCCAUGGGUUUCAUCUUUUGAGGCCUUCAGGCAUGACCACGAGAACGCGUAUCUCAUGUUCUUUCAUUGCGUUGUGGAUGGAACUUGGGGGACUAUUAAAGGAAGUUGUACUGUGGUUCGAGAUUUUGCUGACAUGUGUAUACAUUCUUACCCUGUUUACUUGAAAGAGCUGCGUGAAUCCCCUUAUACAAAUGAGUAUAAACCGUUAAGGUUGAUUCAUGUUCCUGGUUGUAUUAUUGUCGGGAUUAUGGGACUUGUUGUGGAAAUUCCCCUUUUUACUGCUAUAGCCAUAGUAAAGAGUCCAUACUUGCUGUUCAAGGGAUGGCAGAGACUUGUACAUGAUCUAAUCAGCAGAGAAGGCCCAUUUCUGGAAACAGCUUGUAUCCCUAUUGCAGGCUUGACAAUUCUUAUGUGGCCAAUCAUUGUCAUUGGAAGCAUUAUAAUGGCUAUAUUCUCUAGCUUUUUUAUCGGAUUGUAUGGCGCAGUGAUAGUAUAUCAGGAACGUUCUUUUCAAAGAGGUCUGGCUUAUGUAAUUGCAAUGGUUGCUGAAUUUGACGAAUACACAAAUGAUUGGCUGUAUCUUCGUGAAGGGUCCAUCCUCCCAAAGCCCAGAUAUAGGAAAAAGUUAUCUUCAUUAGACCCUUCUGUGGGAGCUCACUCAGCUGAUGGUCCUCGGAUUGGCUCUGUUAUUAGAGAAGCACCACCAAUUCUCAUGGCAAGCCUGUCAUCAAGAAGAUCGGUCAGGGAGACUAUACAUGAAGUGAAAAUGGUCCAGGUAUGGGGAAACAUGAUGAGAUCUUGUGAAAUGCGAGGAAAGGAAUUACUGGAUGCCCAUGUAAUAACUGUUACUGACCUCUGUGAUUGGUUGAAAGCAAAGAAUAGUAAAGAAGCGGGCAUUGUUGGUGUUGGAGUGCCUUGCUACACACUCUUCCAUAAUAUCCUUUACUCCAUAAAAGCUGGAUCAGAAGGCCUGUUAAUUCUUGAUGAUGUUGAAAUAACUCAUCUUAAUAGGCCAGAGGACAAAAUGAUAGACUGGUUUUUCCAACCGCUAAUGGUUCUCAAGGAACAGAUCAAGUGCAUGGAAGAGAAUGAGGUCAAGUACAUGGAGAAAAUAAUUCUAUUUGGAACAAAUCCUCAGCGCCUCCAGGCGUGGGAUAAUGGCAGUGUGGUGCCCCAGAAUGCAGUAAGAGUUGCUCAACUAGAGGGCAUUGCUAGAAGGAUGGUGGGGAUGGUAAGGCGAAUAUCAAUGUUUCCGACUUACAGAAGACGAUAUCGCCAUAUAGUGAAGUCCUUGAUAGCAGGGAAAGAAAGUUGUGCUCCGAAAGAAGGCUCCUUUAGGUCUACAAAAGAAGGCUCCAUCAAGUCCAUAUCAACAAGAUCAAGCAACUCUAUUGAAAUUGUUUAAAAAAACUAUAAAGUCGUCUUCUUGUUUUGUUUAGUCUUCUGUUCCCUUCCCUUGUCGUGUGUGUGUAUAUUUCUUGAUUCGAUGAUUUGUUUUAGUUGGUCUGUAUAUAAUCAAUCACAUUAUGACGAAAGAGGAGAUGCUUCAUUUUUGAGGAAGACUUGUUUAUACAGUGGAAAUUACUUGGAAUGUGAUUUUAAUUCGUUCAA